UUACGGGAAGAAGUGCAGAAGACCUAGCCACUAUUGAAAUAUCACCCUAAAAAUAGAAUAAGAAAAGUUUCGAUCCUUGACUGUCUUUUGUUCAUGAGCCUGAUGGCCUGUUACACGCUCACGUCAGCCAUCGACAAGCUCAUUCACAGCCUGUGUUUGGAAAGCUUCCCGUGCGGCAGAGGGAGCCGGCACAAGCCACCAUUAAGAGGCUCUGAAGACUGGCAUGAUGAUGUGAACCCAGACACACCGAUAGAGGAGUCAGAUACUCUCCAUGACCUGAUUCAAUGUCCACUAUCACCGUGGCAUGAGGAGGCAUCAUGGAGUCCUCAGGCCUUAGUCUUGAGAGAACUGGCUGUGAAGGCACCCGAGAAACUGAAUGCUGACUUUGUACGUGCAUCCUUCACAACUCUACGGAUCGUGAAUAGAGGGGUCUCGGUCAUUGAUGAGGGAUUGUUGAUGUUCAAUUGUCUGGAAGAGCUCAUAUUAACUGUUAAUAACAUCACUGAGGUUCCUGUAAAGAACCUUCCAAAGACACUUAAGGUUCUUGAACUUUAUGGCAAUCAGAUUUCCAGUCUCAAGAGUCUGAGCACAGACUUUCCUCCACAUCUCCUGCAUUUAGGCCUUGGUAACAACCGCCUUGGCUCUCCUGAAGAUCUCCAGUGCUUUACUGCCGAUCGUUGGCCUCAGCUGAUGUCUCUUGAUCUGAGCUGGUCUGGAUAUACAGAACAAUAUGCUCUUGUGGAUGUACUCUCACAACUGCCUCGCUUACGGAGUUUAGUUCUAGAGGGAAACCCUUUAACCCUAACCACCUCGUACCCGGGCUUUACACUGGACAGCUUACUUCACUUGCUCUACUUAGAUGGAAAUCAAGUAACACCAGAUGACCGGCAUCGCUUCAGUGGCCUUGCUAAACUCAGAGCCUCAAUCUCUGAGGAAGCGGUGGUCACUGUGUGUGUUAAGAAGAUGAAGGGUGUUCCUAACUCUGCUUUGCUGUUGGACAGCGGUGCAGUUGAGUUCCCCCUGGUCAGCUACAGCUACUCCGUCUCUUAUGAAUUUCUUGAUGAAGCUCAGUUACAGAAAAGUAUUGAUGAUGAGGGACAAACAUUGGAAAAUACCCCCAAGAGUCCACAAGAGAAUGAGAGGGCAACACCAAGCCCAUGUAUGCCAUCAGAUCACCAAAAUCAUGCCUUCAGCAUUCCUCUUGCUGUGAACUGGACAUCAAUGCAAGAAUGGACUGAAGUAAUCGACUUUAACUAUGCAGGCACACACCGCGUCAGAGACCUGGCAGCUCUCAAACACUUUAUUCUCCGAGGCCUUUGGCUCACUGUGGAAGAACAGAAGGUUAUGUCCUGGCCUGCACCUGAUGCUGGAAGCACUGAAAUCAAAACAUCAGCAAACAAGAAAGAAAAAGAGGCCGCAAUACCAGGAACAAAAUCAAAAUAUAAGAAGAAAAAAAAGGAGCCAGAGCUCAAGCUGAUACAUGAACAACCGAUCAAGCGAACCCUGGGUUCAGUACAUGUAAAGCUGAACCAUCUAUUGGUAGGAAAGGAUGAAAUUAAGGAGGAGUGUGACUUGGGGGUACAGCACUUAGGUCAAGCCAUCAGCCCUGCAGUCACCCAGGAAAAGGAGAAAAUGAAGAAGCCUAAAGAAGAAAACAAGGAAGACAAGAUAUUCAAGCCAACAUCUUUAAAAGGAAAACAAAAAGAAUGCAAUGGGAUUGUGUGUGACGUCUCGGCUGAAGAAAACAACUCUCCGGAGAUGGAUCCUCUGACUGUGGAGUUCAGCAUUCGGUUGGACAGAUGGACCCCGGAUUCACAAGCAUAUCACUUAAACACAACAAAACAGGCUCUGCCCUGAGAAGGCCUCAUAUUCUUCAGCUCUUUUCUGAAUUUCUUAGAACCAAAUGUAUGCACUAGCCCAUUUGUGGAGCUGUACUAUACACUAAAAUCAUUUUUAAAACAAGUUUCCAGACACAGAGUCAGAUACAGGAUGAACACGGCCUGGAUUCUCUGGGUUUGUCUUAUCAACGGUGCAUUUCUUCCUCAAAACCAGUGUUCCUGGGAUAAUAAAGUAAAUAACUAUUAAAGAAAAGUGGUUACUGAAGAUCAUAAAUAAAUGAAUGAAAUUUCAGAUAGAAAAGUUUAUUUUCACAUCACUGUU